UUCCGGUGCCGUCGGAAGCGCAUGCGCCAACGCUCCUCCGCCGGCGGAGGGCCCCGAGCGGACCACGGGAGGGAUGGCGGGGCGGGCGGCGCGGCUGAUGCUGCUGGCGGGGGCCGCCGCGCUCGCAUGCGCCUCCCAGGGCGACCGAGAGCCCGUGUACCGCGACUGUGUGAGGCGAUGCGAGGAGCGGAACUGCUCCGGGGGCGCGCUCAAGCACUUCCGCUCCCGCCAGCCAAUCUACAUGAGCCUCGCAGGCUGGAGCUGUCGCGAUGACUGUAAAUAUGAGUGUAUGUGGAUCACCGUCAGCCUCUACCUCCAGGAAGGUCACCGAGUGCCUCAGUUCCAUGGCAAGUGGCCCUUCUCCCGCUUCCUGUUCUUCCAAGAACCCGCUUCUGCCGCUGCGUCUUUCCUCAAUGGACUGGCCAGCCUGGUGAUGCUCUGCCGUUACCGUGCUUCAGUGCCCGCCACCUCCCCUAUGUACCCCACCUGUGUGGCCUUUGCCUGGGUUUCCCUCAAUGCUUGGUUCUGGUCCACGGUCUUCCACACUCGGGAUACUGAGCUCACAGAGAAAAUGGACUACUUCUGCGCCUCCACCGUUGUCCUGCACUCCAUCUACCUGUGCUGCAUCAGGACCGUGGGGCUACAGAGGCCGGCGGUGGCCAGGUUCUUCCGCGCCUUCCUGCUGCUCCUGCUGACCGCACACGUCUCCUACCUGAGUCUCAUCAGCUUUGACUAUGGCUAUAACAUGGCAGCCAACGUGGCUAUCGGCCUGAUCAACAUGAUGUGGUGGCUGAGCUGGGGCCUAUGGAACUGGAGAGUGCUGCCCCAUGCUCGCAAGUGCGUGGCUAUGGCACUGCUGCUGCAGGGACUGGCGCUGCUCGAACUGCUGGACUUCCCGCCGCUCUUCUGGGUCCUGGAUGCCCAUGCCAUCUGGCACCUCAGCACCAUCCCCGUGCACGUGCUCUUCUUCAGUUUUCUGGAAGAUGACAGCCUGUACUUGCUGAAGGAAGCAGAGGUCAUGUUCAAGCUGGACUGAAGACCCUGGCAGGACAGCAGAGGCGCUCCUAGCCCCUCUCUGUUGGCUCCCUUUCUCUCCACAAUCUUGGAAAUAAUUCCAUUAUGCUUUUGCAUCAUCUGCGACUUGAACAGGAAGAUGUGGGUCCAGAAUCAUGGAGCCUGAACACAUACCCUCAUCUGGCCUCACAGGUCUUUGAGCACCUGGGAGGAGAGAAUGAACUGGGGAAGCCUUGUUCUUAGCUCCACCCAGAGGAGCCUCUGCUCUUCUGCCUGGCCCCCAGUCUGGAGGCUUCCAGGGAGCACUUUGUCCAGUAGGACUUUGGGGAGGUUGUGGACCGGUGACCUUCCUCCAGGGCACCACCAGGUGGUGCUAGACAGCUGCCCAUGUUUCUAGAGGAUGCAACACGCCCCGCCCCACCUUUUCUGUCCCAUGGUAUCUUGGGGACCAAGAGACACACAUUCUGGGGCCUUCCCCCUACACCUCUUCCGGACCAAUAAACCAAGGAUUAGGGCUGGAGUAUGGACAAGGCCAGGCCCAAAGGUGACCUGGUGGGAGUGGAGGGUGGGAAUGGGUUGGAGACAGGGGGUACCCACUCAUGAGCCCGGAGCAGACAGUAAGGGUGUGAAUGGUCUGGGCCUGUGUGAUGGGGCAGAUGAAUGAGCUGUGCCACACUGGAGAGCUUGAAGCACAAAGGCACCUGGUCAC